AUGUCUUUUGGAACGGGCAGAAUGAAAGCUGUUGACCAGAUCACAGAAUCGAUAUCUGUCAAAGACUGUGAGAUUUGGGCGUGGGCCAGCGAAAUUGCAGACGACGUUAUCGGUCUUGUUUUGAGGGCGAAUUUACGCGGAGUUUUCUUGGGAUUUUCGCGGAAUUAUGAAAUUUUGGUGCAUGAAACAAGUAUUAUUUCUAUCUGGUUGUCGUUUAUUUCGUUCCCAUCGUAUGUGGCCGAAUGGUGGAGCUGUGGAAUUGUUACCCAGUUCAUCGUACGAGUAAGGUCCCGGCAAGAACUUCCCAAAACAGACACGAUAUCCAGUACCAGGUUAUACGAAGAGCAUAGUAUGGCCAAAAGGGAUCUCGCCAAUUUAUGGUCCUUUUUUGAGAGGAUUAAAGGCGUUUUACCAAAUUUUCCGUUCUUUGGACCAUAUUAUUUUUGUACAUUGAUGUGUAUAUCAUGGAAACCUCACUUUUGUAUAAGGCGAAGUCUGCAGAGUAUUUUGAAAAAUCUCAAAAUUUACAAAAAAAUUUAG